AUGAACAACAAGCAACUACAAUACGACUGUUAUCCUCUCGAAAUAUUUGACAAUGUGGCCUAUUAUCUCACCACAAAGCAAAAGGGCAUCUGCCAGUCUGUCUGUCGUUCCUGGCGAAAGCUUUUCACUCCAUCACAAUACAGACACAUUCAUGUUCGAGGUAGAAGACAAUUUAGCCAAUUCUAUCAAUCAUUAGAGCCCGGAUUUGUGGGCCAUUAUGUGCGAAGAUUGUCUGUGAAUGAUGUGUACAUGACAGCCAACGAACUUAAUGCGCUACCCAUGCUGUGUCCCAACCUCAUUGCACUCUCGUUCAACGGAAUAUCCAUGGAUCAAAGUAUGGAACAGGCACAGCUAGAGCAUGCUUCCUUGGCUCCAUGGUCUCAUCUUCGUCGUCUCACUGAACUACAAGACCUCACAGUAACCAAUUACUUGCUGAAAUGCCCCUCUUCGCCUCUCUCGUCACUGACGCAUCUAGCCACCCGUUUCAACGACAAUGAGCCAGCUAUGAAAAGCGACUUUUUCGCCAGCUUACACAAGGCAACUGACCUCAUCAAUUUAUCACUUGAUUCUGUAACGCUGUUGCUUCCUGAAAUGGAAACCAUUCAUCAAGCCUGUCCUCAUCUGCAAAAGCUACGACUCAUCAAUGUCCAUUUGGAGCCUAUUGGAACCACAGUAGAAGAAAAGAGAGCAGUAGCGACUUAUCUAUGCCAGCCUGCUAAAUGUAUGCGUACGUUUGAGUAUCAAAACGGUGGCGAUUUGUACGAUAAUUACGAAUGGGUGUACUAUUUUGCCAACAAAUACGUGUACAUGGAGAACCUUGAAUUGUGGUGUGAGUAUUCUGUCGAUACCCCUCAUCGUGUACCUCCGAGUGUCACUGAUUUGGAAGAAAGGUAUGGUGCCCUGGCAAGACUGGGCAUGGUAUGCCGUUGUCUUAGGUCUGCGAAAUUUUUGAAUAUCACCAUGAAUUACUGGUUCUUGGAGGCCCUAGACAGCGUGGGUACACAGUUGGAGAGUAUUGCGUUGGGUGAUAUGACGGAUAAUACCAUUGAUCUGCUUCAGUAUCUGGGUGAAUCUCGACAGAAUGUCUCUAGCUUGACAUUGUGGGGCUGGCCAUCAUUGUGUAUUCAAGAAACCAUGGAGGAAUCCAUUGCCAUGAUUGGUCAAUGCAGCGAGCGUCUUGAUUCUUUGGUCUUUUCCAUGCGCUUUUCUGGAAUCAAGAACUCGCCUGUCCCUAUUGAUAUGUUACUGAAAUACUGCUCCAAGCUUUCUUAUUUAAAAUUGGAUGGCACUCAAGCCGCUCUGCUCUCUUCUGCUGACAUUGCUCGAGACGCCCUGGUGAAUAAUCCUUCGACCUUUGUGCGUCCCAAAUUGAGUCAUCUUGUAUUGGAAAAUGGAUCUUUUCGUAACGAACUCUUUGAAUACCUGUCUAUCCGUUGUCCCAAUCUACGCAAGCUGGAAAUUGGCUCUUGUGCGCUUAUUGGAGAAUGUUCUCAGAUGGAAGUCAAGAUCAACAUGCCUCACCACACCUUUGACAUGAUUAGCAUUAGUCAUAUACGACCUCCCACACGCUACCAUCACAAUACGCUGCCUGGCGACAUUCGUUUAUUUGAUGUUUCACUCUUGGAUACCAGUAAAAAGAAGCCGAGUGUACACAAACUUUAUGAAUUGACAGAUUACGAAAAAUAUGCAGAUAGCUUAACGUUUCAUUAUGAGCAAAAACCUCAAGAGACGAACCGCCCUACCAAGUAUACAUUGCAUUCCAAUCCAGAUGAUAGACCGGCUGGUCCCUUUGUAUCUGUCCAGUGCCAAAGCUUGACAGAGCUCAAUAUCAGUCACUUUUGGGUGAUUUAA